AUGGCUUUCCCCAGUGUUCUUCUCUCAGAGGUACAGUUUCAGUGCAGCAUCUGUCAGGAUGUUUUCUCUGAACCUGUCUCCAUCCCAUGCGGCCACAGCUUCUGCCUCAUGUGCAUCACAUCACACUGGGACCACAACUUUGCCAUCAAUUGUCCGAAAUGUCAAACAGAGUUUGAGGGGCGGCCAGAGCUCUGUGACAAUUCCUUUGCCAAAGAAAUGUCAGACCAGAUUCGAGCUAAGAGGCAGAAUGGUGUGACAUCAGUGGAGGAAAAAAAUAUACACUGCAAUGUUUGUGUGGGAAAGCCAAUGAAGGCUGUGGCAUCCUGCCUUGUGUGCUUGACCUCAUACUGUGAGGUUCACCUGGAGCCUCAUCUUAGAGCUUCCAACCUAAAGUUUCACAAGCUGAUGGAACCCGUGGCAAUGCUGCAGAGCAGGAUGUGUAAGCAGCACCAAAGGCUUUUGGAGUUUUUCUGCAGAAGUGACCAGAGGUGCGUUUGCGUUCUGUGCACUGAAACAAACCACCAGUAUCAUGACACAGUCCCAGUGGAGCAACAGAGCCAGGACAUGAAGGCCAAGAUAAAACGGACUGAGAUGGAUGUUCAGCAGAUGAUCCGUGACAGACUGCAGAAAAUAGAGGAGAUUAAACAUAACGUUGAACUUAGCAAAAGGAGUCAAGUGGAGCUAGCAGAGAUGAUCCAGAGAAAACAGGCUGCAGCAGAGCAGAGGGCUGAGAGGCUCAUUGCAGAAUUGGAGCUGGAAAUCAUCGAGCUUCAGAAGAGGAGAAGGGAGAUGGAGCAGCUUUACCAAGCGGAGGACCACCUGUAUGUUGUGCAGAGGUUUCCUGCAGUGUAUUCUGCUCCAUCUCCUAAAGCCUGCUCAGACUUCUUUGUCUAUUCUGAUACCUGUUUGGGAGCUUUAAGGGAAACAGUGGCUGAAAUACAACAGCAGCUGCAAACAGAACUGAAGAAGCUUUCAAAAAAUGAGCAUGACAAGAUCAAGAAAUAUGCAGCUGAUGUCUGUCUGGACCCAAGGACAGCCAACCCCUGGCUAGUUCUGUCAGAGAAUGGCAAACAAGUACACGAUGGAGAGAUUGAACAAAACUUGCCUGACAUACCGGAGCGGUUUAAUACAGCGCCAUGUGUCCUUGCUCUCAGUGGUUUUGUCACUGGCAGAAAUUAUUGGGAGGUCGACACGGGAGAUAAGACAGCGUGGGACUUGGGUGUAGCUCGAGAGUCCAUCAACAGGAAAGGUGUGGUCACACUGAGCCCAGAUGAAGGUUACUGGACCAUGUGUUUGAGGAAUGGUAGUGAGUACAGGGCAUGCGCCGCCCAGGCAGAGCUGCUCUGCCUCUCUCAGAAUCCACGGAUCAUCGGGGUGUUUUUAGAUUACGAGAACGGGAGAGUUUCUUUUUACGAUGCAGAGGCCAAGACACACAUCUAUUCAUUUAAAUAUUUCCAUUUCAGAGAGGCCAUUUUUCCCUUUUUUAACCCGGACAUGAAUGACAAUGGCAGCAACAAAUCACCGCUCAUUAUCCACCCU